CGCUUGAAUACUUUUCUAUAAAAUACUACUAGCCACAUAAAGAACCUUAUACUUGAAGUGAAUGAGAGCAUAACCAAACAAAAAUGACUUCGAGCUUCAAACUCAGCGAUCUGGAAGAGGUAACGACGAACGCAGAGAAGAUACAAAACGAUUUACUGAAGGAGAUACUUACACUUAACGCCAAAACAGAGUACCUGCGACAGUUUCUUCAUGGAAGCUCGGAUAAAACAUUUUUCAAGAAACACGUACCGGUGGUGAGCUAUGAAGAUAUGAAGCCUUAUAUUGAACGUGUCGCGGAUGGAGAGCCGUCAGAGAUUAUUUCGGGUGGACCAAUAACUAAAUUCCUCCGAAUCUCUGGAACUUCAGGGGGGGAACAAAAGAUUUUCCCUGUGAACGAUGAUUUCGCUAAGAAGAUGGGAUACAUUUUGGCUCUACGCUCUCUCGUUAUGUCCAAGCAUUCAAAAGACACAAGCGCCGAAGAUGGAAAAUCAAUGGAGUUUCAUUGCAUCAAACCAGAAUCCACAACUAGAACUAGAGAUCAAGUUGUGAAAGUUCGUGCUUCUUUUGCUUAUACUUUGGUCCGAGCAAUCAAUUUUCUUGAAAAAUACUGGAAGGAGUUGUGUAGUAAUAUCCGAUCAGGUCAUGUUAGCGACUGGAUCACUGACCUGAACUGUAGAAACUCUGUUUCGGUCAUUCUCGGAAGACCUUUUCCUGAAUUAGCGGAUUUGAUUGAAAAAAUAUGCAGCCACAAGUCAUGGGAAGGUAUCAUCACACGGCUUUGGCCCAAAUCCAGGUCUUUGGAAGCCAUUUUUACAGGACAAAUGGCUCAAUACAUUCCAAUACUGGAGUUUUAUUCCAACAAACUUCCCCAAGUUUCCACAGUAUAUGGAUGUUCUGAAAGUACGUUUGGGUUUAACGUGGAUCCUCUUAGCAAACCACAAGAUGUUUCUUACACAUUUUUGCCCAACAUCUCCUACUUUGAGUUCCUACCUAUUGACCAUGAGAGAGACAUAGCCAGCAUUGUUGAUCUUGUGAACGUCAAACAAGGGUGUUACUAUGAACCUGUGGUCACUAAUUCUUUCGGUUUAACAAGAUAUCUGAUUGGAGAUAUUCUACAGGUUGUUGGGUUUUACAAUAGUACACCUCAAUUUAGAUUCGUGCGCAGAAAGAAUAUUGUUUUAAGUGUCGAAACAGAGAUGACAACUGAGGAAGACAUUUUAAGGGCUUUGGCUCGGGCGAGUCUUGUUCUUGAGUCUUCUUCAGAUGUAAUGCUGAUGGGCUUCACAUGCUAUGCUGAUGUCUCCACUUUUCCAGGUCACUAUGUUUUCUACUGGGAACUCAAAGCUAGAGCCAUCAAAGAUGUUGAACCUGAUAAAAAGGUAUUGGUGGAAUGUUGCUCUGUAUUAGAGGAAUCAUUUGAUGCUCUUUAUAGGAGACUUAGGAGUAAAGGUGGAGUCAUUGGAGCUCUAGAGAUAAGAGUGGUGCAGAAAGGAACAUUCGAUUCUCUCAUGGAAUAUUUCACCUCCCAAGGUGGUUCGACGGCUCAAUACAAGACACCCAUAUGUAUCAACUCUUCAGAGGCCUUGGCGGUUCUUGAGAGUAAGGUUCUUUCUCGAUUCUACAGUGAAAGAUCUCCUCCUCUUGACUCAUAG